AUGGAUCUAGCAGCCAUAAAAGCCGAGAUUGAUCGUAAACGUAAAAAUGUUGAAUCGAUGAAUGUUUUAGUACCGGAGAAGAAAUUUUUUCGUCGUGGUGAUCUCGAAGCUAAACAUGAAGAAGCAUAUUGGAAAAAUUAUUAUUCAAAAACUGAUGACAAUUCAAAUAAAGCUUCAUCUUCAACUGAUGAUGCAAAUGAAAAACUAACAACAUCGAAUGACAAAUUUCAAUUACCAGCAAGAACCGAUGUUAUUAAAAAAUUACGUGAACGUAAUCAACCGAUACUUCUUUUUGGUGAAACAGAUCUUGAUUCAUAUAAAAGAUUGAGAUUAUUAGAAACAACAGAACCUGAACUUAAAGGACAACGCAAUGAUUUUAAAGCUGCUAUGGAUAAAAUUGAUCGAGAAUAUUUAGCACUUAUUCUUCAUGCAGAUAAUCCAUCAGCAUUAGGAAAUGAUAGAAGUGAUAAAGAUGAUGAAACUGAUGUUGGACCACCAGUUCCAAAUCAAACUGAAGAAGUUAAAGAAGAAAGUGGAUAUGAUUUACCAGAUAUAACUGAACAAAUAAAAACUACACGUAAAGGAAAUCGAGCUUAUGAUUGUCAAGUUGUAUUAAAUUAUUUUAAAUUUAUACUUAAAAAAUGGUCACAUGAAUUAGGUGAACGAGAAUUAGAAGAAAAAAAAGCAGUACAAGGUAAAAUUGAAACAGCACUUCAUUCACAAACAUGUGGAUAUAUGAAACCAUUAUUUCGAAAAUUAAAAACCAAUACAUUACAAGAUGAUAUACUCGAAUCAUUAAUUAAUGUUGUUAAUUGUGUUUUAAAAAGAAAUUAUAUUCGUGCCAAUGAAUUUUUUCUUGAAAUGGCUAUUGGAAAUGCACCAUGGCCUCUUGGUGCUACUAUGGUUGGUAUUCAUCCACGUCCGGGUCGUGAAAAAAUUGCUUCAAAACAUGUUGCACACGUACUUAAUGAUGAAACACAACGUAAAUAUAUUCAAGCAGUAAAACGUCUCGUAAGUCGAGCACAAAAAUUAUAUCCAAAUGAUCCGUCACGGUGUGUUGAUUAUGGACAACGUAAUGAUAAUGUCACUAUUAUCCCUAGUGGACAUACUUAA